CCGUUGUCCUUUCUUUUCCUUUCUUUCAUCCUUACUCUGAUUCACUUUUUGAACUCUUUCUUUCUGAUAUUGUGUAAUUGAUGACUCGGUUAGCGGGGUGCCAGAAACGGCUCCCUGCAUCAUUUUAUGAGCAAGAGCUAACGUACAUCCCGCCCUUGUAGCAAGCCCCAUAGCACUCCGGAAGACAGACCAUCACGCCGGUGGCUCAAAUUCUACUCUGUGCUGACUCUAAGGAACAAGAGUCCGAGAUACUUACAGACAAUUUUGAUUGUGACAAUGGCGUUAGCCUUGACUGGUACUCAUCUUAUUUAUAAUCGAUCACUUUCGAAAAGAUGUACCAGCAGAGGCCUGUCGACGUUUUGAUUCCAUACAUACACCAUCCCGAGACAAUGCUCGUGGACGAGGAUGACAAUUCUCCAUUGUCCGAUCUGGGCCCAUCUGCCAAUUAUGAUCUUUUCACUUCCAAGAAUCCUGAUAUCGCUGAAAUCCGUAAUGCAUUACGGGGUAAUGGUCAAGCUGGCAUGGAAGCAGUCGACGAUGGGGGUCUUGAUCCUGUUCUCGAUGCUGAAGAGUAUUACGACGAGUUGGACGAACUGGCGCUCAAAAUAGCCAAAAUAUGUAAUUUGGACAUAAUCGUUGCGGGACUACCGAACCCCUCCUUGACGGAGUGUCUUAUGCUUCUUUGGGGUUGCAGGGACACCUUAGAGAAACUCCAACACGAACACUUCUGCGGUAGCUUCUUUAACAUGUUUGUCGAGGAUGAAGGACGUGGUGUAGCGGACACAGUCUACAUCUCCACCGUGGAGAUCAACUCUCUUAUUCGGUACAUCCAAGAGCAGGUACCUGAUAGCAAAAAUGAGCUGAACAGAAUCUUGGUGUGUCUCGGCCAGAAAAUGCGCUUCCCCGCAGAAAAUGCGCUCGAAUCUAUUUGCAAGGCUUUAGCGCUUGGGUUGGUCUCCUUCGCUGUCUCUCACGUCAACCGCUUCGAUGUCGAAACGUUCCGUAAAGAAAUCGGCACCUUCAAUAUGGGCUCAUGUGCUACUUUUGCACUCCGAGAGCUAGCUUGUCUAGGGCGUAACACUUCCACGGCGAAGCUGAAGAUUUCGAUGGACGUGGACGAUUUCAGUUUCCUAUGGGGGCCUAUUUGGUUAGUCGACUCGAUGAUUAGAACGGAAAGGGGGUUCAUCGUGGCAGUAGAGCCAAGUAACAAUUGCAAGAAGGAAGAAAUUGAAUGCCAUUUUGGCACCGAAAUUCCUCACUGUCACAUUCGGAAAACCUUAUCUGCCACAUCCAGGAUAUUAAUCGGAAGCAACCAUCAUAUCUACACAGUCAAUCGAGACUGCCUUACGACCGUUGAAAGCGUCGAAGACUGGGUGGCUAGUGAGCUGCAAUUACUGGGUACGUCUGCCUCGGGAUACGAUUCCGGUGGGUACACGCUCGGAGCAAAUGCCGGUAAGUACGCCACGGCGACUCUCAACAAGAGCUGGAAAAAGAGGCCCGGCCGAACCCAGAAGGAUGUACUGUUCGACCCAUUCAAACUUGACUCAACAGACUCACUCCCGCAUUUAAAGCUCAAAGUGGGUUUGGAGGUUUCGAUUUGUACUGGGAAUGCUACCCGUACGACAUUGUGGGACGCAUUGUGUCUGUCUUUUAUCGAUACAACAAAGACGGGUUGGUGCUGUGCAAUCAUCCCAUCGGGGAUGUUGAUUGUGUGGCUAGUUGCUGGGACCGAUAAGUUGAAAACUCGUCUAACACUGUUUAUUCGAGGCCUCGUGUCUUGGAUAGGCGAUCUUUACGAAAGAAGGCUGUGGAGGCUCUUACGCUACUGUCAGAUACGGGUGUUGGUCCAGAUGGUGUUCUACGGGUAUGGUGGCCAUACUCGGAUAAACAGUUCGUCUACGAAAUCCAAAAAAGACGAGUCCGUGGUCACGCAUGUUGAAAGAUACUCACAUGAGGUCGACUUGGGCCGUUGGGUCUAUGAAAUGUCUGGGAUUUCAGAUGGAUGA